UGUGGAGGGGGGUUGAUCAGUGGGUCACUUCCUUCCUUUACCUCCAUCUGGACAAAUGCAGCAGCGGCAGCAGCAUGAAGAAAAGACUGUUAAAUUAUUGACAAUAGGAAAAGAAAGUGAGAGAAAGAACAAGCUGGUGGACUCCCUGCAACUGACAACAAUUUGAACAAGCACUUUUAACACAAGCCAUGACUUUAUCUGUACAGAGGAAAUAAAACCAACUUGGGAUGAACGUUGACUAACACUGUUACAGUCAGACAUGUGUUACUAUUUCCUCAGCGCAAUCAGCUGUCUCAGCCUUCUUCAGACUGGUCUCCAUGCUGAAGAAUGCAGCCAGAAGGUUCUGGCAGAACGUGAGACAUUUUAUGUACCAGCAGGGGGCAGUCUGUCUUUGUCCUGUGUAGUCCAGCACUGUGGAGGCGCCUGGACGGGAAACUGGAUGCGGACAAAUUCAAGAAAUGAAAAGCUAAGUGUGAGGCACCAUCUGACCAAUGUGACACUCUCAGCCAAUCAAACCCGACUCAUUUGGAAUAUCUUGAGUGUCAAACAAUCAGACGAAGGUUCUUAUGGAUGCAGGGUAAAAUGGGGCCAAGGUGAUACAGAUCAGGGACAUUUCAAGUAUGUGAACGUUACUACAGCUGACCCCUUCCAGAGGAGUGUAUUACACAGGGUUUUGGUCUGUGCCGGUGCUUCUCUUUGUCUUCCCAUCAUUCUGGGAUUGGCUCACUGUCUGAGUUCAAAAGUCGAGCCUCAGCCACUUCCCAGGACGCUGUCCAUUCCUGCAGCUGUAUACAGAGACCAACCACACCCAGCUCCACAGCCUCCACCUCGAUGCCCCAUACCCCAGAUACGUGGCACUUCCUCUCACAAAGCUGUCCCCAAGUCUAGGCAGAAGACUGAGGUGGUGUAUGCAGACAUUUCCCAGGAUGCACUGAGACAACAGAGAGCCACCAGAGACCCUGACCAGUCCACUGUGUACUCAUCCGUCAGAUUUUCUUGACUGCUGUUGAAGCAGGUAUCAUUAAAGACAAGCAAGUGGAGCAGAUAAUGAGGAGAUACUGCAGCAUGCAUAAACCAGCUGAACAACCCUGAGGUGCAGCAGAGAGCAAAUCUCAGCUAUGUGGCAUAAUUUUAUUGAUAUCACCACUUUUAAUUAUCUUGAAAUGUGACUGCGGACAAGCAAAACAUUAAAUGCAGCGCAACCAUUUUAAAAGUAUAGCAGUUGUCAAAAUGUGAAACAACAUUUGUCUAUAAUAUCUCCCAAGUGUUCCAUGUACAUACAUAAUUAAAGUAUGAACAAAAACACCCAUGUACUGUGCUGUAAGCUUGUUGCGUGAGAUUUUAAAAAUGAGACACCACAUAAAUGACACAAAAUACAACAUUUUAUUUUAGAAUAAAUUCUCAAUGGCACGUUACAUAACCAAAUAUACAUAUACAUGUUUAGACAUCUUUUAAAUUAACAUAUUUCCUUUAAUCGUUUUACCUUAUUCAUUAGCAUACUCUGCAGUUACAUUUGUACAUGACAUCAAGGCUAAAGAAGUUUUCAUUUGAAUAAAUUAAGCAUAUUAACAGAGGAAAGGCUGCAGAGCAUUUACAAUACCUGCUACAAACAAAAGUACAUAUGAACUUCCUGUUUUUCUGUGAUUUCUGUCCCUGUUUCCCUUUUUGAAGAUAAUCACUGGCCUAACUGAGCACAGUGUGUAUUAGUCAACAAGCUUGUUCUUUUAAGUACUUAUCAGAACUUUCUUUCAGCUGUUCUGCAGCUUUCUUGCAAAAAUAAAAAGUCACCCAAAUUACAACGUAGGUGUUUGCAAUUUGGGUGAAACGACUCUCUAGGAUUUGAGUGACAGAACUUCACACACAAUCCUGCCAUCCAAUGGUUGUCUCGACUGUAAGAGCAGCACAUAUUACAUUCUUUCAAAGACCUACAUGCUGAGUUGUUUUGUCACACAGGAAACACAUGUGGGUGUCUUGAUUAGCACACUCACACCUUCCUCUGUUCUAGUUUAUGCAGCUCCAGGCUAAUGUUAUGAUAGAGUUGAUAGAGUAGAGAGGACUAGUACACCUAUUCUCCUGUUGUGCUUUUAAGCACCUGGCUUUGCAAUUUACUUUUAAGAGACUUUGUAAUAACAACUAACAAAGCGUCAAAUCAAAAAUAC